UCAUCACAAUGAAUGCUCUCCUGGGAAGCCUCUUGGUUUUGAGCACCUUUGUGACAUUAUGCAAUGCCCAGUGCUUUUUCACUAAACGAGAUUCUACUUGGCCUGAGGGAUGCAAGGAUUCUAAAGGAAUCUCACACCCGCUGCAAUCAACAUGGACAAAUGACUGUAACAAGUGUACUUGUAGCAGUGGUGGAAUAGCCUGCUGUAGAAUUGCUGGUAUACCUGUGGGUUAUGACAAAAAGAAAUGUAAGAAAAUCUUCUACCAGGAUGAAUGCACCUUUCGCGUGGUAGAGCGGGACAACCCAUAUAAGACCUGUGAAGUCAAAGCAUGGAUAUUGUAAUAUUCUUCUAGUUGGCUCAGGGAGCUCUUCCUGAGAGGGCCCACAACCUCCAGAACAGGCCUUUCUCUUUUGACCUCUAAUUGUCUAUAAUUGUGUAACCCUAACUUUCAU